AUGGAGGAGAUGAAAGCUGAGAGUCAGGAAGCACACACAGAUUUUAUGAACAGGGAAUACCACAGGUUUUGUAGAUGCUUUAUCUCUACACAUUGUCUAUCUGAUAUGGUUGAUAAUAAUGUCUCUGAGACAUUUAAUGGCUAUAUAGUGAAAGCUAGGGCUAAGCACAUAAUCACCAUGUUAGAAGACAUUAGAGUUGCUUUAAGGGGGAGACAGUACAAAAAGCUGGGGUUGGUGACUGAUAGUACUGAAAAAAUAUGCCCAAACAUAAGAAAAAAACUUGACAAACUGAGAUAUGAUGCCAGAAUGUGCCAAGCCUAUCCUGGUUUAGGUGGCAAAUUUGAAGUAAGCUGUUAUGAUGAUAGGUUUGUGGUUCAGUUAGGUGAAAAGCAUUGUAGUUGUAGGCAGUGGGAUAUCAGUGGGAUACCUUGCAAGCAUGCCAUAGCAGCCUUGCAUUUUAUGAAGGAGGAACCCACAGAGUAUGUGCAUGAAUGCUACUUUGUGGAGAAAUACUUGAAGGCUUAUGCAUAUGGCUUAGAGCCUAUCAAUGGGGAAAAAAUGUGGCCAAAGGGUGUUGGUUAUCCAGUGCAACCUCCAUUGAUUAGGGCUAUGCCAGGAAGACCAAAAAAGAAGAGGAGAAGAGAUGUAGAUGAGAGGGAUCCAAACAACAACACACGGCUGAAAAGAAUUGGGAUUAGGAUGACAUGUCAAAACUGCCUUCAAGUUGGUCACAAUGCAAGGUCUUGCAAAAACGAAAAGGUGGACAGAGAAGAAGGAAAUCAGAAGCCAAGAGGUAGGCCAAGGAAGCAUCCUCUCACAUGCAGUGAGAGGCCUACAAAGGAGAGGAAGCGGCGCACCACAAAGAAAAAUGCUACAUCAGCCAUGAAUGAAGACACUGCUCCAACUCCUACAUCAACUGAUCCUGCUUCUACUGGUCCAGCCCCCACCUUACAUUCAACAACACAUGCAAAUGCUUCCACAAGCACAAUCAUGAAAGAAAGAAACACGGCCUUAAAAGGACUUGGGGUAUAUGUUGCUCAAGGGACAGGGAACAUAUAUGUCAAUGUAUGUUCCAAAAAUCAUUUCAAAAUACUUCCUUCACUUCAUUUGAGUGCCCGAGGAACUUUCGUGCCACCCCGUCCCAACUAG